AUGGGGCGUAUUGCUACGGUGGAUGCCUUGAGUCGAAGAAACUCUUUUAGUGGGGAUAGUACGUGUGUCUUAUGCGAGGAAUCCGACGAAUCGGCUGAUCAUCUUUUGUGUGGCUGCAGAGUGGCGAGCCAUGUUUGGUGCAUGGUGUCUCGUUGGUGCCGGGUUAGUCCGAUAUUUGUGUUUUCGGUUAGAGACCUCCUUGGCCUUAGUGAUUUUUCGGGCCUAGGGGAGCUGGCUAAAGAAGCGUUUCAUGAGAUUCUCAUAGUUGGGGCGUGGUGUAUUUGGAGGGCCCGAAACAACAAAGAUUCAACAAUACUCUUAAGACGGCUCAUGAUAUUUUUUUAG